UAACAGGAGUGUCAACACAAAAGAGUUGAUUUUAUGACAAAGAGACGAGAGACGAGGAAAGGAAGAAUCUGUCCCAGAAGCUCUGAUUUGAAGGCACCAUGGACCACACAGUGGAUAUUAUCUCCGAUCCAGAUCCGUGGCUCAACAACACAAAUGCAAACAGCACCUCCAGUUACAUGCCUACCAUGUCACCAGUAAUGGACAAAACCAUCAACAUAAUUAUGAUAAUUGUCUUAUUUGUUACCAUGGUUUCACUGGGAUGCACCAUGGAGGUGUCCAAGAUCAAGCAUCAUAUGAGAAAACCUAAGGGGGUGGCUAUCGCAGUCGUGGCUCAGUAUGGCAUAAUGCCUCUCACAGCUUUUUUCUUAGCUAAGCUGUUUAAGUUGGCUGAAAUAGCAGCUGUGGUGAUUCUGAUCUGUGGCUGCUGUCCCGGAGGAGCUCUCUCCAACAUCCUGGCUUUGGCUCUUCAGGGCGACAUGAACCUCAGCAUCGUGAUGACCUCUUGCUCAACGUUGCUGGCUCUUGGUAUGAUGCCUCUCCUGCUCUACCUCUACUGUCAGGGUUUCUCCGACCUGCAGAACGCUGUCCCUUAUGUUGAAAUUAUCGUAUCACUGGUCAUGAUCCUGGUGCCGUGCGGCAUUGGCAUCAUCAUCAAUACCUACAGGCCGCAGUACUCAAAGAUCAUCACAAAGGUAGGCCUAAUUAUAAUGAUGAUUUUUAUCGCGGUGAUCGUCACCUUAACCAACAUUGGAAUCGGAAGAGUCAUGCUGACUGUGCUGUCUCCUCCGCUCUUGGCCAUCGCUGCUCUCAUGCCUUUGAUAGGCUACUCCUUUGGAUAUGUCCUCUCUGCGAUCUUCAGACUCAGCCAGUCGGAGCGGAGGACCGUUUCUGUGGAAACAGGCUGUCAGAACAUCCAGCUGUGCAUCACCAUAUUGAAGAUAGCUUUCCCCCAGGAAGUGAUAGGCCCUCUGUUUCUGUUCCCAAUGAUCUAUGGGUCUUUUCAGGUGACGGAGGCAUUGGUGCUCGUCGUGCUGUUCAGGUGCUACCGAAGGUUCACGAAAAAGGAGAAAGAGACUUACCAGCCUGCGGUCACUGAAGAGGAGCUGAAAGAGACGACUGAGGGGACUGUGUGACCUCAAUCACCACCCAUGUAUUGUACAGCCUACAGCUGACUAAACAAACAGAAAAAUGCACAGCCGUAUAGCUGGUCUUGAUUUUUAUACUGUAUUGUGAUCUGAAACCUCUAAGUGCAUUAGAAACUUCAGUUUUUUUUUAUUGGUUAAGUCUAUUGUCUUUCUACACCAUGCAAACAUCAUCAUAGUUUUGACUGAAAAUAAAAUCUUCAUGUACAAAAAUGUAUUUUUACAAACUCAUUUGAAGACUACAUUUAAAAGUCUGCAAUCUACACAUGAAUCCCAAAUAAAAGCACAGCCACGCAAUAUAAUGCAAGAAGGAACAGCAUCCUUUAGUCAGUCGUAACUAUGGCCAUAAAAAGCAUGAACAUAUGUGAUUGCAACAUUAUAAUUGCAAACAUGUGCUGCUGCUAGUCCAUUCAGAGCUUUUAUUGUCACCAAGAGGGCCGUCUUCUAAGCUGGAAAACAAAAAACAACUUGGACUUCUUACAGUGGAAGAAUCUCUUUCUUUAGAUCCUUGGAAAAAGCUCAACAAGUUCAACAAGAAAUAAUCAGUUAUCAUCAGUAAACUAACACAUGUUUUUCCAUUGCAUAAUGUGAUUGCAAUUUGAUGAUUGAUGAUUUUGCAGAGUGGUUUGUGAUGAAUCAUCUGCUGAAUGUAAAUAAGACCAGAGAGAUUGUGAUCAGCUUCAGAAGGAAGAGGACAGCUACAGAACCCAUCACUGUCCUGGGACAGGAUGAUGCUGUGGUGUGACACAGGUAUCAUAGAGUAUGUGUAUAAUAAUGGGGUGAGCAAGGAAACAAAUUUCUUAAUUUAGAGGAGCUUAUUGGGUAAUAGUUGAGUAAAGGUCUCACUGAUGUUAAACACGUUUUCAAGAGAAACCUGAGAGCUGCACCAUGAAGCAGGUUCAGGUUAAAAUCCCCAGUUAUCAACUUCUUAUUACUUGUUAUCACUGGCUUCAUGCUUCACAUAAAAUAGGGUGGCCUGUCGUUGGACUGUCAUGUCUGCAACUUAAAAGAAACGGUGAUAGAAGAAUAUGAGAGACAUCAAGACAGCAAAACUGGAUGCAGGACUGCUUUUUCUGGCCUGCUGGAGGGGAGGUGAUUCAAGGUGACUCAUUUUCUACAUUGAAUAUUCACUAUAAUACCUCAAGUGUAUGAGUUUUAUUAACUGUAAUACCAGCAAUGUACAAAAUAUUUGUCAGAAAUCUUUGGCAAAUUAAAAAAAAAUAAAAAUGUGGAGGACAAGAAAAAACUGCAGCGGAUGGUGAGGGCGGCAGAGUGGGCAACUGCCACUUCACUAACCCCCCUCAGAGUAGGGCUGUGCGAUAUGACCAAAAUCUCAUAUCCCGAUAUAAAACAUCU